AUGGCUAUUGCUUCAGAAUUCUGGCAGGACAACAAGUCGGUCGGCGGAAACGGAGGAGGCGAUUUCAGUAUAGUCGGUGAAGCAGGAGCUUUUGUGAAAAGAGUCCGUAUUCAUGACGGCACCAUGAAAUGGGGCGAGAGCGGUUACAGGCGAGGCUGUCUCCACGGCAUUGAGAUUGAGUUCACAGACGGCAAGAAGGCCACCGCUGGCGACACCAGCUCAGACACGUUCAGAGAGUGUAUUCUCGAGAUUGGCACCGACGAGAAAAUCUCGGCCAUGUCGCUGUGGGGUAUGGGUGACGGAAAAUGGGACCGGACUUCAGAAAUCACAUUCCACACCAACAAGAAUGCCAAAUUCACUGCCGGCGGUAAAGCCCCUGAUGAGAGUGAGUGGAAGAUGGAUGUUGCUUCCGGCUUGCUCCUAGGUUUUCGAGGCCGCUGCGGGACCAAUAUCGACAGCUUGCAGCCAGUCUUUCUCAAGCGGGUUGUAAAGCAGUACAUUGACCAAGUCAGCUAUCCCGAACUCGAGUUGAGCAACACUGGGUUUCUACAGGCUCAGUACGUGGAUCGGGCUCGUGCUCAGUGGGAAGGUGGAUCUGGUCUUUGCAAAGUUAGCGGAACUGGCUCAAAGACAAUCACCCAGACAUGGAACAAUAAGGUGUCAGUCGUCACUGGGAUCGAGUUGACCUUCAAAGCGGGAAUUCCAUUGAUCGCCGAAGGAGGCAUCACCACGAGUUUGGAAAUUGGCUACGAGCAGGACUGGGGACGCUCCACAACCGAGACAAAGGAUAUUAAGUGGGAGUUUGAAAAGGAAAUGGAAGGCCCAGAUGAUGACUUCGAAAUCGUUGCCUACUUCAAAACCGGAACGCAGGAUCUUGCCUACAAAGGCAAGUAUAAUGUGGUGACUGAUGACGACAAGAAGUUCACUUUUGAUACGUCUGGAACGUUGAAGCAGGUGCUUUUAUCCCUCGUUGAGUACAAAAUUCGACGCCUUGGGGAGGACGGACAAGUGAAGGAAAAGAUGAUUAUAAACGUUGAGACUCGAUCCCUGGACGAACCAGAAUUCGAAGAAUCAGAAUGGGUCAUCUCCGACGAGCCAUGGGAGGCCCAAAUUGACGAUAACGCGAGAAACUACGAGAAUCGCGAACGAACAGACGAAUACGAAGACAACGUAGAAGAACAGCAGGAAAAUGUGCCUAAUGACACCGAAGAAGCUGAUGAGGACAGCGCAGCUCAAGUUCAGGAAGAAGAAACUGCACCUUUCGAAGAGGAUGAGAACGUCGAUCGUGGCUUCGAAGGAAAUGUCGGCGCCGAAGAAGACAUCGCGGCCCAAGAGGAUCAGAACGCUGAGGAUGAAGCAUCGGAGGUUCCCUAUGAAGCGUCCGACGACAACCAAGCCAAAGAGACAUCCGACUCUGCCUACUACGAUGAAGCUCGUGAGCCUACAGAUGAGGUCGAUAAUGAGGAUGAGCAUGCCGCGGAACAAAAUGAUGAAUCUCAAUAUCAGAGGGACGAGAACGACUACGAGGCUCCUGCUGAUGAUGCCCCCCUUUCUUCUGACCCGAACGAGUAUUCAGAAUACGGUAGACAAGAAACCAAUUACGAGGUUUCUGCUGGCGCUGAGCCAUCCUCAGACCCCAACGAGUAUUCUGGAUUUGAGAGACGUGAGAGCAACUAUGAAGACAACGGAGAACAAGAGUACACGAGCAACUCGCAGGACCAGUACGAAACAUCCGACAAUGGAGAAACCCGGUAUGCUCAAAAUUCAGACUCUCGAUAUGAGAUGAACGAUUACAGAAGCGAGGAGACUGUCGGGGGUGAUAGACGCGGAGACUGGUAA